AUGGACCUCCACCCCCCGGCUCCCGCGCCGCCCCUCGGCCUCCCCGAGCGAAACCCCGCGGGGGACGUCCUGCCCGAGGCGGCGGAGCUCUCCCUGACCGUGGACGUCUACGCGGCGCAGCUUGUCUGCCUGGAAGGCCGGGUGGGCCUGGCCGAGGCCAAGCUGGACGGCUGCGAGAAGACGGCCGUCGAGUUCGGCAACCAGCUGGAGAGCAAGUGGGCGGCGCUGGGCACCCUGAUCCAGGAGUACGGGCAGCUGCAGCGGCGGCUGGAGAACAUGGAGAACCUGCUGCAGAACCGCAACUUCUGGAUCCUGCGCUUCCCGCCGGGCGCCAAGGGGGAGACGCCGAAGGUCCCGUUGCAGUUUGACGACGCCUCCUGCAGUUUCUCGGAGCAAGAGUGGAGGGGCCUGGAUGAAAGCCAGAAGGAUCUGUAUCGUCACAUCAUGAAGCACAACUACCAGGCGGUGGUCUCCGUUGACGCGGCCCUCUCCAAACCAGAUCUCCUCUCCCGGAUUGAGCAAGGAGAAGCUUCGGAGCAGGCCGACGGCAGGGAAGAGGAACGCCAUGAAGAGUCCGGCUUGGGGGACAGGCCAGGAUCCCAGGUUUCGGCUCUCCACGGGACUUCCUGGACCGACCAAGAUGAUCUGUCUCUCGUCAAAAGCACGGGGGGCGUAGAGGCCAGAGAAAUCCCCGGGGACUGCGCCAUGGGUGCCCCUCAGUUGCUGGAGGAUGAGGUGGACAGCCUGUUCCCCCGCAAGUGGACGGAAGUUUUCCAGGGGCCCGGUGAGGAGCUGCUGUGCGAGAGCCAGUCUCUGUCCAUCACCCUGCCGAAAAAGCCCCUCCGGCGGUCGGGCCAGGGGGUGCCCGAGACACAAAAAGAGGACUCGGCCGCUUCAGCUGCAGAAGCUCACACCGGCCCUUUCAUCUGCUGCGAAUGCGGAGAAGGAUUUGUAGACCGGCAGCUCUUCGCCGGCCACCAGGAGACCCACGGUGGACGCGGGGCGUACCUGGUGCCAGAACCUCAAGGAAGCCCAGAGGCUAAGCUCCUCCCCUUCGCCAUCCAGAGGGCCCCAACUCCAGCCCGUCCCAAAGCGCACAAGCGCCCCGAGCCACAGAAGAGCCCAACCGCGAAACCCGGCGUGGUGAAACGGCCCGGAAACCACAUGGUGGAGCGUCCAUACACAUGCACCCAGUGCAAGGAGAGCUUCAAGCUGGAGGUCAGCCUCCUCCUCCAUCAGAAGCUCCACGCGGGGAAAGGCGACGGGCCGCUGACCUGCACCUACUGCGGCAAGGACUUCCGGGACCUCUCCAAAGCCGUGCGACACCAGCGGAUCCACACGGGCGAGCGGCCGUAUCAGUGUACGGAGUGCGGGAAAAGCUUCAUCCGGCGGGACCACCUGCUGAAACACUGGCGCGUCCACACGGGCGAGACGCCCUACCAGUGCGCCACCUGCGGGAAGAACUUCCGCUACAAGGAGUCGCUGAACUGCCACCAGAAAAUCCACACCCGCACCCCCACCGUGCGCCACUUGGUGCUGGGAACACAGGCGGGGCUGAUGGGCCUGAAGCCUGAGCAGCCGUAG